AUGGAGGUCUGUUACGCCUCAGGACUGACUAGCGCAGGAACGGGUUUCCUGAGCGGUCGUACAUUGCCUGGCAAACAACAACAGGACAGCUUUCAAGCACUUGGACCACACCCUGAUCAGAAUGUACUACGCCAAUAUCCUUCCGUCACCAAGAGGAUUAUACUGAGCGGUGAAGGGCACCGCCUUUGCAGUUCUCUCCCUCGUCAGACGGCUCCACUGGCUGGAAAGUGCGGCAAGUUCUUCUACGAACAAGCACGCAGCAGAUACCACAGGAUCAGCGCACUGGCAAAAGAGGAAGUUGCAGGGCCUGAAAGCAAUGCAGCUGUCGAAGAGGCAAGCGACGAAAACGGCGCAUCUGACGAGUAUGUGGAGAUUGGUGUGGUGGUUGGAACGCACGGAAUUAAGGGAGAGGUGGUCAUUCGGUCGCUAACCGACUUCCCUAAGAAGAGGUUUGGCACUCCUGGGGUGCGGUGGUUCCGCCGGCCAGGGAGGCGGCAGCAGGCGCUGAUCGAAGUGGAACUGCUCAAGGGGAGGAGGGGGCCAUCCAGGAAGGGCAAGGAUGACUCCAUCUUGCUCAAAUUCAAGGGCAUCGACACCCCUGAAGAUGCCGCAACCUACCAGGGCUGCUCUCUCCUGGCGCUGGCAGACGACCGCCCGCAACUGCAGGAGGACGAGUUUUACACGCGGGACUUGGUGGGGGUCGAGGUGGUGCUGAAAGAGACCGGCGAGAUUGUCGGGAUCGUGGACGAUGUGUACUCGGUUGGGGCCCGGGACCUGCUCAAAGUGCGCAGGACAGACUUGAAGGCGGCAGAUAGUGGCAAGGUCUUCCACUCCUGGGUCCCCUUCGUCGAAGAGAUCGUUCCAGUCGUCGACAUGGCCUCUCGCCGCAUCCAGCUGACCCCCCCAAAAGGCCUCCUCGAUCUCAACAUUAAGCUGGGGCCUUCGCCCGCCGAGGAACGUCGCGAGAAGCUGCUCGCGCAGAUCCGGCGAAAGCGCGUAAUCGGCAAGAUGAGGAAACAGUUCACGCGGGAGGGCCAGGAGCACCUGUUUGCGGGGCUGUACGAGGGGGGGGAACAGGAGCGGGAGGCGCUGCUUGAGGACCUUAAGAGCCUCAACCUCCAGAGCCUUCGAGCCGCUAUAACGUCCGCCCAAAGCCUCUCCGCCGCCGCACCCGUCAAACCGUACCCGCCGCCGCCCUUCCCAAAGGCCAUCUGGGGCGAGCGGGGGCUCGAUCCGGCCGGAAGCCCGCUGGAAGAGCCAACGGAAACGGAUCAGAACGCGGAGGCCACGCUCCGCUGGUGGCAAGAAGGUCUGCGAAUGGUGGCGAGAGGAGAAGUGGCUGCUAUGGUCCUGGCUGGGGGACAAGGCACUCGGCUGGGCCCCCAGGCGCCGCCCGCCAAGGGCAUGCUGGACAUUGGCCUGCCGAGCGGGAAGAGCCUGUUCCAGCUGCAAGCGGAGCGCCUCCGGAAAGUGCAGGAGCUAGCGAAGCAGAGCACGGAGGGCGACGUCAGCACCGUCCCUCCCAUCCCGUGGCUCAUCAUGACGAGCGACGCCACCGACGCCGCCACGCGUCAGUUUUUUGAGGAGAAGGCCCAUUUCGGGUUAGACCCCUCGCAGAUACUUUUCGUCAAACAGGGAAACAUGCCGUGCGUCUCGCUCAAAAGCGGGAACCCAAUUCUGCUAGACACCCCCUGGAAAGUCGCGCGGUCUCCGGACGGGAACGGCGGCGUCUUUGAGGCGCUGCACGCUUCGGGGGGGUUGGAAUGGCUGCGAAACAGGGGGGUGAAGUACGUGCAGGCGUAUGCGGUGGAUAAUGCGCUGGUUAAGGUCGCUGACCCGGUUUUUUAUGGUUACUGUGCGGAACGGAAAGUGGAUGUGGGCAUCAAAGUGGUGGCGAAAAAAUAUCCGGAGGAGUCGGUUGGGGUGGUUUGCUUGAAAGAGGAGGGCGGGAAGUCUAUAGAGUCUGAACCGGAGCCUGCCGGUGGGCAGGAGGCGGGAAGCUCUAGUGAGGCCGUUGAGAAGGAACUCGUGGAGAGGAUAAUGGCGGCGACCGGAAUGAGCGAACGGGAAGCGCGGAAGGAAAUGCUGAAAAUGGAGGAGGAGAUCGCGGCGGGGGGUUUGGAAGAUGAGGAGGACUUUGGAGAGGACGAAUUUUGGGAUGACGAGUUUGGGGAGUGGUAUGAGGACGAAUUUGAAGGGGAUGACGAAUACGGUGACGCCGACGAAGACUUUUUCCUGGACGAUACAGAGAAGCCCGACGAAGAAGAAAAGGAAGCAAGCCCCGAAAGGGGGAACGAGAGCGCCAGCACUUCCGGGCGUCGCUACUACGGCGUCUUAGAGUACAGCGAACUGCCCAAAGAGCUUAUUCACGCCAGGGACCCACCUAGCACCACGGACGGUGUAAACACGCCCGGGGAGCUCCAGUUCCGGGCGGCCCACAUCUGUGUGAAUAUGUUUUCGACGGAGUUUUUGUCGCGGCUGGGUGGGGGAGAUGAUUUGAGCCUGCCGUUCCACUUAGCGAAAAAGAAGAUCAAGCACGUGGUCAAAGAAGGCGCGGGGUGGCGGGAGGUGGAACCGUACGCGCCGAACGGGAUCAAACUAGAGCGGUUCAUUUUCGACGCGUUCAAGUUCUGCCCGGAGGAGAAAGUGGCGGUUUUGGAGGUGGAGAGGGGGGAGGAGUUUGCGCCCAUCAAAAACGCGUCCGGGGAGGGAGUGCCGGACAGUCCGGCAACGGCACGUGACAUGGUGCUGGCGUAUCAUAAGCGGCUGCUAUCGGCCGUCGGUUUAGAGUCGGAUGGAGUCGAGGAAGAGGCGAAGGAAGGGAAGGAAAGUAAAAAGGAUAAGAAGGGGAAGAAAGAGAAAGAGAAGGAAGGGAAAGGGAAGGAGAAGAAAGAGAAGGGGAAGGAAAAGAAGGAGAAGAAAAAGAAAAAGGAUGGGGCGCCCGAGAAAGAGUCGGAAAGUUCGGAGCCGGACGUAAUCGCGCAUGGAGAGAUCCCACCGCUAGUGAGCUAUGCCGGAGAGGGCUUGGGAGAAGUCGCGGCACUGAGUUGA